CUAUUACAGUUCUUUGCGUGGUGUGGGAAGGGGUUGAAUAGCGUGUUUUAAUAAGAGUUUCGUGAAACGGUUGCGCACGAGUGCUAGUGUGGCAGAUACACCCGUGUAACGUUGCAUCCAGUGGAAGCGUUUGGUAUCCGUAGAGUACGCGCGAUCGACAAUGGGACCGAAAGAGAUGGAGAGCGAGCGGCGGGACGAGCCGCCACCGGUUGAGGCGGCCGAGACGGUCGAGUACCGGCCGGCGACGGCUUCGCUCGUGCUCGAGGAUGGUACGAUCAUGCACGGGCACCCGUUCGGGGCGCCGCUGUCGGUCGACGGCGAGGUCGUGUUUCAGACGGGCAUGGUCGGCUACCCGGAAUCGAUGACCGAUCCGUCCUACCACGGCCAGGUGCUGGUGCUGACGUACCCGCUGAUCGGCAACUACGGCAUCCCGGACGCGGACCUGGACGAGUGCGGGCUGAUGCGCCACUUCGAGUCGAACAAUCGCAUCUGGACGGCGGGCCUGGUGGUGGGCGAGAUCUGCGACGAGCCGUCGCACUGGCGCAGCAAGCUGACGCUGUCGGAGUGGAUGGCCCGGCACGGUGUGCCCGGCAUCAGCGGGAUCGAUACGCGCGCGCUCACGAAGAAGAUACGCGAAAAUGGCACGAUUUUGGGUAAGAUUGUGCAGUCGCGCGUGACGUCCAUUGCCGGCUUCAACUUUAGCAACCAAAACCUGCGCAACCUGGUGGCGGAGGUGUCGCUGGCGCAGCCGCGCACCUACAACCCGACCGGGUCGCCGCGCAUCUGCGCGAUCGACUGCGGGCUGAAGCUGAACCAGGUGCGCUGCUUCGUGAGCCGGGGCGCCCGGCUGGACGUGGUGCCGUGGAACGCACGGCCCGAUCCGGCCGAGUACGACGGCCUGUUCCUGUCGAACGGUCCGGGCGAUCCGGAGACGUGCCGGGAGGUGGUGGACAAUCUGCGCGCGCUGCUGCUGCCGACCGACGGGCCCGUCAAGCCCAUCUUCGGCAUCUGCCUCGGGCACCAGAUCCUGUCGACGGCGGCCGGCUGCCGCACGUUCAAGAUGCGGUACGGCAACCGGGGCCACAACCUGCCCUGCAUGCAUCUCGGCACGCGCCGCUGCUACAUGACGUCGCAGAACCACGGGUUCGCGGUCGACUCGAGCGAGAUGCCGGCCGGCUGGGAGGAGCUGUUCACCAACCUGAACGACGGCACGAACGAGGGCAUCGUGCACCGGACGCGCCCGUACUUUAGCGUCCAGUUCCAUCCGGAGCAUACGGCCGGCCCGACCGACCUGGAGGUGCUGUUCGACGUGUUCCUGGAGGUGGUGCGCGAGUACCGCGGGGGCGUGCAGGCCGCCAUCGAUGCCGCCCCGACCGUGCGGGAGCGCUUGAACGACCGGUUGCGCUUUGUGCCGCCCGUCCCGAUCGAGCUGGAGCGGCCGAAGAAGGUGCUGAUCCUCGGCUCGGGCGGGCUUUCCAUCGGGCAGGCGGGUGAGUUCGAUUACUCCGGCUCGCAGGCGAUCAAAGCGCUCAAGGAGGAACGCAUCCAGACGGUGCUCAUCAACCCGAACAUCGCGACGGUGCAGACGUCCAAGGGGCUGGCGGACAAGGUGUACUUCCUGCCCAUCACCAGCCACUACGUCGAGCAGGUGAUCAAGGCGGAGCGGCCGGGCGGCGUGCUGCUAACGUUCGGCGGCCAGACCGCCCUCAACUGCGGCGUGGAGAUGGAGCGGGCGGGGCUGUUCGCGCGGUACGGCGUGCGCAUUAUGGGCACGCCGAUACGCUCCAUCAUCGAGACGGAGGAUCGGAAGCUGUUCGCCGAGCGGGUGGGAGAAAUCGGCGAACAGGUCGCACCGUCCGCGGCCGUCUACUCCAUCCAGGAGGCGCUGGAGGCGGCGGAGCGCAUCGGCUACCCGGUGAUGGCGCGGGCCGCCUUCUCGCUCGGCGGGCUCGGGUCGGGCUUUGCGAGCAGCGCGGACGAGCUGCGGGCGCUCGCGAGCCAGGCGCUGGCCCACUCGAACCAGCUCAUCAUCGACAAGUCGCUGAAGGGCUGGAAGGAGGUGGAGUACGAGGUGGUGCGGGACGCGUACGACAACUGCAUCACCGUGUGCAACAUGGAGAACGUGGACCCGCUCGGCAUCCACACCGGGGAGAGCAUCGUGGUCGCACCUUCGCAGACGCUGUCGAACCGCGAGUACAACAUGCUGCGCUCGACCGCGAUCCGCGUCAUCCGGCACUUUGGCGUGGUGGGCGAGUGCAACAUCCAGUACGCGCUGAACCCGGAGUCGGAGGAGUACUACAUCAUUGAGGUGAAUGCGCGCCUGUCCCGCAGCUCGGCGCUCGCGAGCAAAGCGACCGGGUACCCGCUCGCGUACGUGGCCGCGAAGCUGGCGCUCGCGAUCCCGCUGCCCGACAUACGCAACUCGGUGACGGGCGUGACGACCGCCUGCUUCGAGCCGAGCCUCGACUACUGCGUGGUGAAGAUGCCGCGCUGGGAUCUGGCCAAGUUUGCGCGCGUCAGCAAGAACAUCGGCAGCUCGAUGAAGAGCGUCGGCGAGGUGAUGGCGAUCGGGCGCACGUUCGAGGAGGCGUUCCAGAAGGCGCUGCGCAUGGUGGACAGUGUGAGCGGGUUCGACCCGUACCUGAAGCCGGUGAACGAGCAGGAGCUGGAGCAGCCGACCGACAAGCGCAUGUUCGUGCUGGCGGCCGCGCUCAAGGCGGGCUACAGCGUGGAGCAGAUCUACGAGCUGACCAAGAUCGACCGGUGGUUCCUGCGCAAGAUGAAGGGCAUCAUUGACUUUACGGUCGAGCUGGAGGGGCUGGAGCACGGGUGCGUGCCGGAGGCGGCGAUGCUGCGCGAGGCCAAGCGGCUCGGCUUCUCCGACCGCAUGAUUGCGCAGUGCGUGAAGAGCACCGAGCUGGCGGUGCGCAUGCAGCGCAAGGAGCACGGCGUGCUGCCGUACGUGAAGCAGAUCGACACGGUGGCGGGCGAGUGGCCGGCCUCGACCAACUACCUCUACCUGACGUACAGCGCGACGGAGAGCGAUGUCGAGUUUCCGGGCCAGUACACGAUGGUGAUCGGGUCGGGCGUGUACCGCAUCGGCAGCUCGGUCGAGUUUGACUGGUGUGCGGUCGGGUGUCUGAAGGAGCUGCGCCGCCUCAACCACAAAACCAUCAUGGUGAACUACAACCCGGAAACGGUCAGCACGGACUACGACAUGUGCGACCGGCUGUACUUCGAGGAGAUUUCGUUCGAGGUCGUGAUGGACAUUUACGACGCGGAGCAGCCGACGGGAAUCAUCCUGUCGAUGGGGGGCCAGCUGCCGAACAACAUUGCGAUGGAUCUGCACCGGCAGCAGGCCCGCAUACUCGGCACGUCGCCCGAGUCGGUCGACAGUGCGGAGAAUCGGUUCAAGUUUUCCCGCAAGCUCGACCGGAAGGGCAUCCUGCAGCCGCGCUGGAAGGAGCUGACCAACCUCGAGUCGGCGAUCGAGUUCUGCGAGGAGGUGGGCUACCCGUGCCUGGUGCGGCCGUCCUAUGUGCUGUCCGGGGCGGCGAUGAACGUCGCCUACUCGAACCAGGACCUCAAGACGUACCUGAAGCACGCGUCGGACGUCAGCAAGGAGCAUCCGGUGGUGAUAUCCAAGUUUCUGAUCGAGGCGAAGGAGAUCGACGUGGACGCGGUGGCGGCGGACGGCGUCAUCCUCUGCAUGGCCGUGUCCGAGCACGUGGAGAACGCGGGCGUGCAUUCGGGCGACGCGACGCUGGUGACGCCGCCGCAGGACCUCAACCGGGAGACGCUGGAGCGCAUCAAGGAGAUUGCGCGCGACAUUGCCGACCUGCUGGACGUGACCGGCCCGUUCAACAUGCAGCUGAUCGCGAAGAACAACGAGCUGAAGGUGAUCGAGUGCAACGUGCGCGUGUCGCGCUCGUUCCCGUUCGUGUCCAAGACGCUCGACUUUGACUUUGUGGCGCUGGCGACGCGCGUCAUCGUCGGGCACACGGACAUUGAGCCGGUGGAGGUGAUGCACGGGCGGGGGCUGGUCGGCGUCAAGGUGCCGCAGUUUAGCUUUUCCCGGCUGGCCGGCGCGGACGUGAUGCUCGGGGUGGAGAUGGCCUCGACCGGGGAGGUGGCGUGCUUUGGCGAGAACCGGUACGAGGCUUACUUGAAGGCGAUGAUGUCAACCGGUUUUCAGAUGCCGAAAAAGUCCAUUCUCCUCAGCAUCGGUAGCUACAAGCAUAAAAUGGAGCUGCUGCCCUCGAUACGCAUACUGGAGAAGAUGGGCUACAAGCUGUACGCGUCGAUGGGGACGGGCGACUUUUACACCGAGCACGGGGUGGAGGUCGAGAGCGUACAGUGGACGUUCGAUUCGCUCGCCGCGUCGGAAGGUGACGGGGGUGGCAACGGGGGCGCGGGCAGUGAGCUGCGCCAUCUGGCGGAAUAUCUCGCCAACAAGCAGUUCGACCUGGUGAUCAACCCGCCGAUGAGUGGGGGCGGCGCCCGGCGCGUCUCCUGCUUCAUGACGCACGGCUACCGCACCCGCCGCCUGGCCGUCGACUACUCGAUCCCGCUCGUGACGGACGUGAAGUGCGCGAAGCUGCUCGUCGCCGCCAUGCAGCGCAUCGGGGGCGUGCCGGCCAUGAAGACGCACAUCGACUGCAUGUCCUCGCGGCUGAUGGUGAAGCUGCCCGGCUUCAUCGACGUGCACGUGCAUCUGCGCGAGCCGGGCGCCCCGCACAAGGAAACGUUCGCGACCGGGACGGCGGCGGCGCUGGCCGGCGGCAUCACGAUGGUGCUGGCCAUGCCGAACACGCAGCCGGCCAUCGUCGACCGGGCCGCGUUCCAGCAGGCGUCCGAGCUGGCCCAGAAGGGGGCCCGGUGCGACUACGCCCUGUACGUCGGUGCGUCCUCCACCAACUACGGCACGGUGCACGAGCUGGCGGCGCAGGCCGCCGGGCUCAAGCUCUACCUGAACGAAACGUUCACCACGCUGCGGCUGAACGGGCUGUCCGUGUGGCAGGCGCACCUGGCCAGCUGGCCGAAGCGGGCGCCGCUGUGUGUGCACGCGGAGCGCGAAACGAUGGCGGCCGUGCUGCUGCUCGCCUCGCUGACCGAUCGGCCGAUCCACGUGUGCCACGUGGCGCGCAAGGAGGAGAUACUGCUGAUCAAGGCGGCGAAGGAGCGCGGCCUGAAGGUGACGUGCGAGGUGUGCCCGCACCAUCUCUUCCUGUCCACCGCCGAUCUCGACCGGAUCGGGGCGGGCCGCGGCGAGGUGCGGCCGGUGCUGUGCAGCCCCGAGGACCAGCAGGCGCUCUGGGACAAUCUGGACGUGGUGGACGUGUUUGCGACGGACCACGCGCCGCACGCGCGCGAAGAGAAGGAGUCGGACAAUCCGCCGCCCGGCUUCCCCGGGCUGGAGACGAUCCUGCCCCUGCUGCUGACGGCCGUCACCGACGGCCGGCUGACGAUGGACGAGCUGGUGAGCAAGUUCCACCACAACCCGCGCCGCAUCUUCAACCUGCCCGAGCAGCCGAACACGUACGUCGAGAUCGAUCUGAGCGAGGAGUGGAUCAUCCCGGACCGGCCGCAGCACUCCAAGGCCCACUGGACGCCGUUCUCGGGCCGGCGGGUGAAGGGCUGCGUCCAUCGCGUGGUGCUGCGCGGCGAGACGGCCUACGUCGACGGGCUGGUGCUGGUCGGCCCGGGCUACGGGCAGAACGUGCGCGAGUGGCACGGUGGCAAGCCGCCGCUGCUCGGCGCCGGCUCGAUCGAGCGCAUCGACGCGCUGAACCACUCCGCCGGGUCCGGGUCCGGGGUGGGCGGGCUGCGCCCGGCCGACCUCGAGCCGGACCUGCAGACGAACGAAGCGUUCUACCAGCUGCUCUCGCCCGACGGCACCAAUGCGCACGUGAAGCAGCUCGGCGUACACUUUGCCGGCGAGCAGUCGGCGCUGCGGCCGGUCUCGCCGCUGCCCGCCCGGGUGCGCUGCGACUCGACCGGCAACCAGUCGGUGGCCGGCGGCUCCGGCAGGCCGCUCGAGCCGCUCGGCAUCCACACCGCGGGCCUGGUGCGCGACCGGCAGCUGGUCGGCCGGCACGUGCUCACGGUCGACAUGUUCACCAAGGAGCACCUGAACGAGAUCUUCCACCUGGCGCAGACGAUGAAGGGCCGGGUGGCGAAGGAGCGGGCGCUGGACGAUCUGCUGCGCGGCAAGGUGAUGGCGUCCAUCUUUUACGAGGCCAGCACGCGCACGAGCUGUAGCUUUGCGGCGGCGAUGCAGCGCCUCGGCGGCCGCGUCGUCCACGUGGACGAGACGUCCUCGUCCGCGGUCAAGGGCGAAACGCUCGAGGACAGCAUCCAGGUGAUGGCGGGGUACGCGGACGUCGUUGUGCUGCGCCAUCCACUGCCCGGUGCGGUCACGCGCGCUGCCCAGCACUGCCGCAAGCCGCUGAUUAACGCGGGCGACGGCGUCGGCGAGCAUCCGACCCAGGCCCUGCUGGACAUCUUCACGAUACGCGAGGAGAUCGGCACGGUGAACGGGCUGACGAUCACGAUGGCGGGCGACCUGAAGCACGGCCGGACGGUUCACUCGCUCGCCCGGCUGCUCACGAUGUACAACGUCAACGUGCGGUACGUCUGCCCGCCCGGGCUGGAGAUGCCGGCCCACAUCCGCGAGUACGUCGACCGGAAGGGCAUCUCGCAGCGCCAGUUCGACACGCUCGAGUCCGCGAUCGCCGACACGGACGUGCUGUACAUGACGCGCAUCCAGCGCGAGCGGUUCGAGAGCGAGCAGGAGUACGAGAAGUGCUGCGGACAGCUGAUCCUAACGCCCCAGAUAAUGACGCUCGCGAAGCGGCGCAUGAUCGUGAUGCACCCGUUGCCGCGCGUCUUCGAGAUCAGCGUGGAGAUUGACAGCGAUCCGCGGGCGGCCUACUUCCGCCAGGCCGAGUAUGGAAUGUAUGUGCGCAUGGCCCUGCUGGCGAUGGUGCUGGGACGCAUUUGACGGGCGUUCGUUGCAUAAGGAUGUGGUGUGAUGUGCCACCGCCCCUGCAGCUGGCCCAGUGCCAGCAGUGGUUUACAGGAGUUGCGGGCGUCCGAGUUCCGACGGUUGAGGCACACUUUCUGCACCUUUUGCUGAUAGAGUGUGAGUUGAUACGUUUGAUGACGACGAUGGAAGAUCUUGCUGCCUCUUGUGGGAUGUUGAUGUGGAGUAAGGUGUCACCCGUAUUGGAGUGUCAAUGUUCAUCUGUAUCCAGUUUCCACGACCCUGAAGAUUCAACAAGAUCAUCAUUAUCGCACCAAAAGUAUCACGUCGCACCAUUUCUGGAAUGACAGCAUCGUGACAUUCGUAGAUGGCGCUGUCAUUGCAAAAAAACGGGAGUCGGAAAGAGGGCAGAAAGUGUGCCGCCAAUAGUCGAAGAUCAUUGAAGAACUCUUGUAACUUAGAACUUGCGAAGCUACCACACACACACACACACACACACACACACACGAAGGAAGCGCCAGAAAGCCACCGAAUCUACCAAUGCCGAACCACUUCAGCGCGGCCCAGUCCACUAAUUCUAAACACCCAAGUGCACUCGUUACAUCUCCGCACGCAACACACACUUAAAGCUACGCCCUAGUAGGUUGCAUCCGUUGCUUUCCCCCGCACGCAUUCCCUUACCACCUAGCAGCUCUGUAGCGUGUUACAAAGCAGUCUCUAUACACAAUAAAAACAACAGCAACAAAAGCAA